AUGUCCUACGCUCGCUCCGUCACCUUUUCCGGUGGAAACCGUCUCGGCUCCAUGAGGGCCCCCAGCGUGUACGGUGGCGCCGGAGGCACUGGAGUCCGCAUUUCCAGCAUGAGCGCUGUGAGAAGCUUCUCCUCUGCUGGUGCAGGGUUUUCCGCCGCUGGUGCCGGAGCUGGUGGCGGUGGUGGCUUCAACCUGUCUGACGCCGUCGACAUCUCCGACAACAAGAAGAUGGCCAUGCAGAACCUCAACGACCGCCUGGCCUCCUACCUGGAAAAGGUGCGCAAUCUGGAGAAGGCCAACGGAGAGCUGGAGAUGAAGAUCAGACAGUUCCUGGAGAACAAGACCAAACCUGAGGGCCACGACUGUGUUGCAUUCAAGGCCUCCAUCAGUGACCUGCAGGACAAGAUCCUCUUUGCCACCCAAUCAAACGGAUCUCUCUACCUGGCCAUUGAUAACGCCAAGCUGGCAGCUGAUGACUUCAAGGUCAAGUUCGAGAACGAGCUGGCCAUGCGUCAGUCGGUGGAGGCCGACAUCUCCGGGCUGAGGAGGGUCCUGGACGAGCUGACUCUGGGAAGAUCUGACCUGGAGAUGCAGAUCGAAGCGCUGAGGGAUGAACUCAUCCAGCUCAAGAAGAACCACGAGGAGGACCUGCAUAUUCUGAGGGGCCAGGUGGGAGGUCAGGUGAACGUGGAGGUGGACGCCGCUCCUCAGGAGGACUUGUCCAUCGUCAUGGCCGGAAUCAGAGAACACUACGAGACCGUCGCCACCAAGAGCCGCAGAGACCUGGAGGUCUGGUUCCAGGCCAAGUCUGAUGACCUCAAUAAGGAAGUCGCCAUGAGCACAGAUACUCUUCAGUCAUCACGCUCAGAGGUCACAGAGGUCAAACGAUCGCUGCAAGGCCUAGAAAUUGAGCUCCAAGCACAGCUCAGCAUGAAAGCGUCUUUGGAAGGAACCCUCGCUGACUCCCAGAGCCGCUAUGCCAACAUGCUCGGAGGUUACCAGAGGCAGGUUUCUGCUCUGGAGGGCCAGCUGACCCAGCUGAGGGCCGACCUGGAGAGACAGGGACAGGAGUAUGCAAUGCUGCUGGACAUCAAGACCAGACUAGAGAUGGAGAUCGCCGAGUACAGGAGGCUGCUGGACGGAGAGUUGUUCAGCCCGCCGACCACCACGAAGAGUAAAGUGCUGAUCAUCACCAGAGAGGUCAGCGACGAUGAAGAGGUCAACGCUGACUCUGAGAAGUGAAACAACA